AUGGUGUCCCGUCAUUUUUGUGUAAUUGAAGAGAGUCAAGUCUGCGCAGAUCAGGAGCAAGCCUUUAUCAAGAGUGUAGAGGAAAUGUGUGUGACCCUGAAAGGGGCUCUUGAUAUAUUUCAGGAUAGUAGCGAUCCCCGUUCGUUCGUCGUGGUGUAUUAUUUUCCCAAUCGCAAGUCCAUAACGGAUAUGAGAGCGAGCGAGCAAUGGAGGAGCUGGAGACGGGGUCUGAGUUGUAUCCUGGAGGGAACACCGACCGUGGCGUUAGUACGUAGUCUGUCCAGUAAUAAUGCUGCUUUCAACAAAUCGGUAGGCUCCAAGCUGGAAGAAGACAAGUUGGAGUCCAUGGAACAGAUUGAGAAGAAUAAUGAAGAGCAGUUCGAGGACCAUGCCCGUGAUGCGACGUCCCAAAAUAGCUCUCCUAAAUCCGUCAUGACAGCCCCUCAUCAUCCAGAUCCCGAAUUCUUCCUGUCUUACUCAGAGACCGUGGUGAGCAAGCUUUCCAGUAACCUUAUUCCAUUCGCAAAUAUGAUUCGAGAGCGAUAUGAACUUUAUUUAAGGAACAUUGGUCACGAUGCAACCACUGAUGAACGGCAAGGCUCUGUUCUUGACGCAAAUUUGCUCGGGGAUUUGAUACGCGAUAAUUACGUUCUCAACAACUAUAUGCCGAAGCGUCUUGCCGAUGGAUCUGUUCGCUUGAGAGAGCGCUUUAAUCAAGUGAUCACCAGUGUGUCGGUGACGGGGGAGUGGAUCGACUGGGACGAUGACCGUUCACUUUCUUUCUAUCGCGUUGAUUAUGUGCGCAGUGAUGACAAUAGCAAUGGUAGUUAUGUUGACUGGGAAUGUAUCGUCCCCAACAUGCCUGAAGGAACUUUAUACAAGCUGAAACUUACCAGAAGUGACAUGGAAGGGUAUCAUUACAAGAUCUCACCAACGAGUCGUUUGCUGCGCAUACACGACGAUUUCGUUGCCAAUUCCGUUUUGAGGACCAGGUCCGUAGCAGACUCCAUAGAGCCGCUGCGGCCAUCCGCAGGACCUACGGGGCAUCCUAGAGUGUAUCAGGUCCAUGUGGGUAUGUGUACCAAGGAAGAAAAGGUCUCGACAUUCGACGAUGUCAGAACCGAAGUGCUUCCGCAUAUGGUUGCUGCCGGAUUUGAUGUAUUGCUGCUAAUGAGUGUACAAGAACAUACCUACUAUCCGCAUGCAGGCUGGCAUACCGAUUGUCCGGUUGCUUUAUCCAAUAGGUUCGGUUCGGAUGAUGCGCUCGCUAAAUUAAUUUCGUGUGCGCACACACUUGGAAUUAAGGUUUGCGUUCAAUUUGUGUUAUCGCACCUUGCAAGUAAUGGGAAUUCAGUGGCCUACAUACCUGGUCUGACCAAAGGACGGCAUCCUGAAUGGGAUGGUGCUUCAAUUGAUUAUUCAGAUCGGUUUGCCAGGGAAUACAUGAUGGGCGCUGCGCAAUUCUGGCUGAGGGAAUUCAAACUCGAUGGAUUUUGGUUUGAAGGGAUAAGUUCAGUGCUAUUCAAGGAUCAGGCCACGAACCGUUUCUUUGAUCUUUACAAAUUUGAUACCUACUUUAACCAUAAUUCAGAUUUGGUUGGAGGAGCAUUUCUGAUGGAAUUAAAUACACGGCUAAGACAGGAGAAGCCUGAGCUGAUAACUUUUGCGAGUGACCAUGUUGGAGUCCCUGGUUUGUCCGGACCAGUAUCAGCUGGUGGGCUUGGAUUUUCGUAUACGGCUACCCCGCAUACAAGAGCUGCAUUAUCUCAAAUGCAGAGGGAUUUUUAUAACUGGAGAUUUGAUGCCCAAGCUUUGUGUUUCAAAUUGGAUCGUAGGACGGCGGAACCACGGAUUGCUGCGGUAGACAGCCUGGCAUCGAAUAUGAUUGCGAAGAGGCCGAUGAAAAUAGCGUUCUUCGCUUGGGAAACAUUGCACACGAUCCCGGUGGGUGGGAUUGCGCCUCAUGUGACGGAGUUGGCGGCGGCCCUUCGACGGGUUGGGCACGAGGUGCACAUAUUUACCAGAGCCACCAGUGUUGCGGCAUCUAUUAAGAUAGUACAUGGUGUGUUUUAUCAUGAAGUACCUUUCCAGUUGGAUAAGGAUUUCGUGCGAGAAUGCGAGAACAUGUGCAGCGCUUUUGUCUCCUUCUUAUUGGGUUACGAAAGCGAGACGGGACGUGCGUUCGACCUGUGCCACGGUCACGAUUGGCUGACAGCACGUGCAGUACAAGCAAUGGCAGGAUUAGGUCGUGUCGCCGUGUUUACGAUGCACUCAACGGAGUCAGGACGGUGUGGUAAUAAAUUGUUCGGAGGUGUAUCACAGCGUAUCCGUGAGUUGGAGAAGGCGGGUUGCACGGCGGCAAAUCGUGUUAUUUGUGUUAGUGGAGUAUUGGCUGAUGAGGUGAAGGACAUGUAUGGUGUACAUGGGGACAAGAUACGGGUGACAUAUAAUGGAAUCAACGUGCAGAAUUUCGAUGGAUUCGAGGACGCGGCCCCGAUUAAAGAGCGGUUAGGGAUCGCUCCGUUGGAUCCGACAGUGUUAUUCGUGGGACGUUUUGUGCUACAGAAAGGUGUGGAUUUGUUGGUUGAGGCUGCACCGGCGAUAUUGCGGGAGCGUGGUGACCUGAAGUUUGUGAUUGUGGGAGAUGGACACAUGCGCUCUGAGGUGGAGGCGCGGGCUCAGCAAUUAGGUGUGGCUGGAGCCUUCCGAUUUGUGGGCAGUAAGGGCGGUGCUGAGUUGAAAAGCUUGUUCAAGAUGUGCGAUGCGGUCGUCGUCCCAUCGCGCAAUGAACCGUUUGGCAUUGUUGUCUUAGAGGCAUGGUCAUGUUACAAGCCGGUGAUUGCCACCACUUGCGGUGGGCCACGGGACUUUGUCACACCCGGCAGUGACGGGUUACUGGUGGACCCGAAUCCGGACUCGAUCCGUUGGGGAGUGACAGAGGCGCUGCGGGAUUUCGAAAAGCUCCGUUGGAUGGGUGAACAGGGGUACCAAAAGGCACGCGACAGCUUCAGUUGGGAUCGGAUCGGUACUCAGACGCGUGACAUCUACUUCGAAUUACUUAACCUUACUGACGCUGGCUAUUCCUAUGAACCUGACAGCUGUGGCAGUCUUGCACACCAAUGGGUCGGGGACGACAUCAAGUUUCACAUGGGCAUCUUCGAUGAAGAAGGCGACUCCCAUUGCGGACUCACACUUCUGCGACUCGCCACACUGCUUAAUGCCACCCUCGCCAGCGAGGCCUCGCUCACAUUCCAGGGCUGCGAGUUCGCCCAUCCCGACGCGGUAGACUUCCCGAGACCUGGCAAUCACUUUAAACAGCCCUGUCGGUACAUGCAACUUGCCACGCGCAAGGAUCUGCUCUUCAAACACCAUUUCUGUUUCGUCUCUGAACUCAGUCGCUGUCUCCAGGAAUUACGGACCAGAAUUCACGGAAUUGAAGAGACAAGAGGCGAGCACGACGAUCAUGAGGACCAGAUCUACGUUCAUCGAACGCACGACAACGUGGUGGUAUUUGAACGGGGCAGUGCGCUCUUAGUCUUCAACAUGAAUUCUGACCGCGAGUUCUCCGGAUUGACUGUGGAACAUUCACUACCAUCAGACAAGCUGUACACAGUGUUGCAUACCGACCAGCUGUUGUAUGCGGGCUGGAAUCGGUUUCCGUUCGUUGAAUUUGAGAACCACUAUGUGUUGGACCAAGAUGAUGGGGAGUGCAAUACUCCCAGCACCACAGGCGCCGAUCAAGAAGACGGAGGUGCAAAACGGACGGAUGAGAAGCGAUAUAUCACUAUACCCCAAUUGCCAAGUAAGUUUGGUCUUAUGCUCGCCACCAAGCCAGUGUCUGUGAGCGAAUUCCAGAGUGCGGACGAGUUUGUGGACCAUUACGAAGCGACUGUUCGAGAUGUCAAGAGGAAGAUAGGAGAUAUGUAA